GAGUGGGAGCGCCGUCUUGUGGUGAUUAGUCAGGGCACUUCCAGAGCUGGAUUUAUGGCACGCAGCUGUUGAGCGGCUGACAGACGUGUGAGGAGCUCAAGCACUGCUGCUUCUCAAGCUGCUCGUACCAGCCAGAGCUCUGCUUACUGUUGCGUAGGAAAAGAGGACUGCUGUGCCUCAACACACAACGCCACCAGAUGGUGCGGGAGCAGUAUGUCACCACCACCCAGGGCAGCAGCUCGCCCCGGACCGUGCCUGACCACGUCUACAAGAUCGGCAUCUAUGGCUGGAGGAAGCGCUGUCUCUACCUGUUUGUCCUGCUGCUCAUCAUCAUCCUGGUGGUCAACUUCGCCCUCACCAUCUGGAUCCUCAGGGUGAUGUGGUUCAACACGGAAGGGAUGGGAUACCUACAAGUCCACUCAGACGGUGUCAAGCUGGAGGAGGGCGAGUCUGAGUUCCUAUUCCCCGUUUACGCCGAGGAGAUCCACUCCAGAGAAGACUCCCCACUUCUAGCUCGCUCAUCUGAAAACGUUUCCCUCAAUGCCCGUGAUGAAAAUGGUGAUGUUACAGGGAGGAUAUCUGUGGGUCCAAAAGAGGCUCAGGGACACACUCGGAAUCUGCUCAUUAACUCCCACAAUGGCAACAUGCUGUUCAGUGCAGAUGGUGACCAGGCUGUGAUUGGACCAGACAAACUACGAGUCACAGGUCCUGAAGGAGCUCUGUUCCAGCAUUCAGUGGAGGUGCCCCAGCUGAGAUCUGAGCUUCUGAAAGACCUGAGGUUGGAGUCCCCUACUCGCUCUCUCAGUAUGGACGCACCAAAAGGAGUUCAUCUCAAAGCCCUGGCUGGCAACAUUGAAGCUGUUUCCAACAUGGAUGUUAUUCUGCAGUCUAGUGUAGGACUGCUGGUGCUGGAUGCUGAGACGGUGCGCAUGCCGAGGCUGCCUCUGAGCGAAGAAGGGGUUUCUGGAAAUGCUCAGGGUCUCUAUGAGGUCUGUGUUUGUCCCAGCGGGAAACUCUUCCUAUCCAAGGCUGGAAGAACUUCCACUUGCAGCGAUAAUCAGGAUUGCUAGAUUGACUCUGACAAGGUCAUUGAUUUUCCAUCUCUCAGAGGAUGCAUCUUUUGGGAGGCAACAAGCACAAUUGUUUAUAUGCCGCCUGGGUUUUUUUUUUUCUUUUUUUUUGUAAUCUUUAUACCAGAGUGGUUCUACAAUGAUCCCACUGGCACAUCGAGGCCUGUGAAAAUACAAAUGCCUGCUGGCAUACAUGUUAGAGAUGUCAUGAAAUGCAUGCUUUUAGUUGCAUUUAUGGUCUUCUAACUAUUCAGCUGAAACAAAUUGGCUCUCAGUGCUAAAUUAGUCUGCAUCAGAGGUUUGUGGAGGAUUUUUUACACACAGUAUCAUGGCUGGGCAAUGAGGAGCUGGUAACAGCUUACAUCCUAUGCAAUAUUAUCGUAUGGUGCAAUAAAUAAAACUGACACAUAUCAAGGGCUUGGAAAAUUUAAAAAAAAUAAAUCUCUAAAAUGGCAACAGAAUGUUAUUGAAAGUAUUUAUUUUAGUUUAUGCAAAAGCCCUUCUGGCUCCAAGCCCUUGGUAUGCUGUGUUUUUGUUUCAAUGUUUAGCAUGUUUUUAUUUAAGUGGGGAAAAAAACUGAGAAAUGUAUAUUUUGUCCUUGUCGUCAUCAAUUCACAGAUGAAAUUUGAUCGAUUUUCCAAUUUUUUUAUUUGCUCAAAUUCAGACACAACACCAGGCAACCGUCAUCAUUCAUGUUUUUCUUCCAGUGUUUUGCAGGGUUGAGAUUAAAAUACCAAGACCUUGUGGCACCGCAAUGUUACUAGCGUGACAUCACAUGUGUAAUUAUGUGUUUUUUUUCCAGUUUAUAAUGUUAUAUGUAUGUUUGGCCGGUGUUAUUUUGAAGUCCAUCUUAAGCAUGUAAUUAUGCAAAAACAAAGCAGACAGUUUUUCUUGGUGGUAAGCUGCUUUUUGCUCAACAAUUUCAUUUAUAAUCAAGAGAUUAACAAAAAAAAUUACCUUUGACUGCAGCAACAUGACAGCAAAAACAGAUCCGGUCUAACAAAGAGAGUUGUGGGUAGCUGAGUGAAAAAAAUAAUUGGGAUUAUUAUUUUGCUCUUGACUUUUGAAUCAAAUAUGCUUUGGUUUCACUUAUUUGUAACACAAUGCGCAUGAUGGCACGUAAAAACAAUUCACAGUUCAGCAUGUCAGAAAGGACAUUCUGUAAAGUUACACUGAGUUUAUUAUCUGUUCAUCUUUGUUUUGAGCAUAAUUACAAUAAUUACCAAAUCAUGGAAAUUGCGUUAUUAUUGUUAGUGUUGAUAAAGUAGUUGAUUUGGAGUUCUGAGUUUGGUUUCGGCAUAUUUUGAUAGUGUGUAAUGUGUAUUUAUUCAUUUUGUAUGUUGAAUAAAAUUUGUGCUAUUCUUCUA